CCUUGCCCCUGUCCAGCCCUGGACAAUUGGCUCUACCUCAUCAACUUUAUAGCAGAAUCAGUGAAAAUAAAAAUCCCUCAGUAAUCUCACUAGUUAUGAGUAUAUUGACCUGGGCUAAGAUUGGGGGCCAUCAGCUUGUGUGAGGUGGGUAUUAUGCUUGGUGUUGGUCAUAAUAUGCUUGUAGCCAUAAUUAGGACAUGGUUCAUGGAAAUCUGACUCCAUUCAGCAAAGAGUUUCUAAGAGCUUUUCUAUAUCAGAUAUUAAAGUAGGCCUACUUGUAAGGGUUCCUUCUGAGACUUUUAGAGGAGAAACAACCAAAUCAGAGAAGACGGAAGAGACCAUGUAGUCUAACCAGAAAUUAUCAGAGGGUUGUGGGAGCUCAGAUGACACUUGUCCAAGGCAUUUCAGAAGACUUCUGAAGAGUUGACAUAUCUGAGUACUGAAGAUGAGCUCUUGUUAGCAAGCCUAAAGAAAAUGAAUGCAAAGAUUGUGCAGGGCAGGCUACUGAUAUGUGACCUUCCAGAGGUGGACGUGGUUAACUAUGGCAGGAACUUACGGUGUUUGCUUGAAUUUGCCUCUGAGAGCAAAAUUGGGGACAUUAGAAAAAAAACUACCUAUUUGGUAUUUUGUGAUUAAGGGCCCCGGAUCCUUAGCCAGUUGUCCUUUAAAGAACUGGUGCUGGGCUGUCUAGGCAGCUCCUCCUAUACUGCCAGGCAGCUUGAGUGAGCUACCACCCCGGAAAUGACGUGCUGCCCUGCUGGCGGUGCGGAAGUGGAGAUGGCGGAGCUGUACGUGAAGCCCGGCAACAAGGAACGCGGCUGGAACGACCCGCCACAAUUCUCCUACGGGCUGCAGACUCAGACUGGUGGAACCAAACGCACUCCCCUUACUAAGAGGGUUGCGGCCCCACAGGAUGGAUCCCCUAGAGCCCCAGAAACUUCUGGACCACCUCCAGUGGAUCAUCCACCUCCUUCAAGUAAGGCUUCCAGGCCUCCACCCAUGGGGAGCUGUCCUGCUUCUGGUGUGGACCCCCCAAGUUCCCCAGUCAUUGAGUCUGAGACUCUAAUAGAAGACGUGCUAAGACCUCUGGAACAGGCAUUGGAGGAUUGCCGUGGUCACCGAAGGUAGAAGCAGGUAUGUGAUGAUAUCAGCCGACGCUUGGCGCUGCUUCACGAACAGUGGGAUGGAGGGAAGUUGUCAGUACCUGUAAAGAAGAGGAUGGCACUGCUAGUACAAGAACUUUUACACCACCAAUGGGAUACAGCAGAUGACAUUCAUCGAUCACUCAUGGUUGACCAUGUGACUGAGGUCAGUCAGUGGAUGGUGGGAGUUAAAAGAUUAAUUGCAGAAAAGAGGAGUCUAUCUUCAGAGGAGAACAAAGAAGAGAAAUCUACAGUGGUACCUGAGAACCAGACAAUACCAGGCUUCCAACCAUCUUCAUAAUGCCGGUGGCUCCCCAGACUCACCUCACAUGACUUCUAUGCCUUAGUGUGGACGGCCUCUUCUCACUUGGCUCCCUUUUACCACCAGGGAGACUGCUGGUCUUGAUGGGCCUGACCAAAGAUCCUACCUAGGCUACUGCAAGAUCACUUGUUACUCAUGUGUACAUUUCAAUAAACAUCUCAAUGGUGGGAAGUGGGUAGGAAAGGUGAGCCAUUCUGAGCCAGACUGGUUCUUUCUGAUGUCAGCUCCCCUGCUCCAUGGAUACUACUGCUUGUUCCAUUCAUCAAGAAGGGCCUUGAUAGGGAUACCCAGAUUGCUCCCUGCUCUUCUCAAAGUUAGACUGGAAAGUGUAUUUAUAAUGUGGCAUGGCGUCUUUGGAUAAUAUCAUUUCAGCCUGAGAAUAGACUCAAACAACUGGAAAUUUCCUUUCAGAAGAAA